AUGGUAACAUCUUCGCAACAGCUGCUUUUUGGAGAGGCGAACACUCACAACUUGAAUCACAGGAUGUACUUCGGACUCGCCUACGUGCUCUGCUUUGACCCGGAAGAGGAUCAGCUCCCAUUAAGAGAUUACUUGUUAUGGAUCUUGAUCUCGUUGCUUUUCGUCUUUGGCAUUCUCCACGGCAGCUACAUUUUACUUGUCACCAAACGGGACAACGAGGUCAUUGAAAAAUCCUGGCACGCGCGUAUGAACGGAUGGGUCUUUGAGCAACAAUACGUCGCUUUUGCAGUCUCGGAAGGCGUCAUGGAUCAGGGGCUUCAAGUUGAGGUGCAGAUCUUCUUAGGAAAUCAGUUCAAGGACCCUGCGAGAGUGAAGUCUACCUGGGAGGACGGGGUCACUACCUUUCCAAUCAAAAAAGGAGGGGUAUGGAACGGAGACGCGACAGUAACUAAUCAGGCGGGUGACAACAUUCAUAACUCCACUCCUUACGUUGCUACGCCUGUCAGAAAGUCUCCGGAGAGCCGAUUGAGCACACAACUUACUGCCAAUCCUACCAGUCCUAAAGAUAAUUCCUUCUUUAUCGCAAAGAGUGAUUUGUUUGAUGGAAGAGGUUCAUCUGAUACGUACGAAGAACCUCACCGAGAACUUCUCGAAACCCGAGCCGCUUUGAAAUCCGCAAAUAGCUCCCUGACGAUUUUGGACCAUAAUUACAAGAAGCUGUGGGCCACGCAGGAGGAGGAGUUGCGGAAAGCUCAGGCUGAAAUACAGCACCUUCUCGAACGCAACCGUCACCUGAACAAGGAACUCGCGACUGUGAAGCUGAUGCCUAAAGUCGAUUUGGCGUCAAGAAUAGAAAAUCUCAAGUUCCCAGAGUGCCCUGACCGAGUUGAACCUUCGACUGUUCAAUUGAGCCAAAAGGUCAUUGAUCUGAAUGAGGAGAUAUUCCAGUUUGCUGCGACCGUGGGGGAAAUGAUGGUCCCUCGCGGAGGAAUGCACGCUGUAUCGUCAGAGGAAAUGGCCAGUGCAUUUCAAAAAUCCAGAAAGCUAUUGGGGUCACAGAUGACCAUCGUGCUAGCCGCGGAAGCCCAGAAUCGCCACAAGAAUGUCAACCCUAUGCUCGCUCAGGUUGUGUUGCAAAUUGCAAUCACAAGGUGGUGCGCAAAUCUGAUUUCCAUCUGGAAACCAUGGGAUGAAAAAGUAGACGAAGUUUUGAAUGAUGUUUACUCAGGCAUUCGUAAACUAGGAAAUCAACGUAUAAGUGGGACAUGGCGCUCGCUCACUCGAUCGCAAUGGCACUCUCCAAAUCAAGACUGGGUCACCAACUUUACGGAUGACUUAUCGUGUAUCUUCCACACCGCGGGGUGGACAACGAGAAAUCAAGACGAAGAAUAUCAAUUUGAAAAGCGACUUCCAGCAAUUUUGAAGUUUGUUCAUGACAUCCGGGUGGCCCUCGGUGAAGAUGUUAUCAGCGCUGAUAUAGAAAUCGCCGUAAUUGAACCUGGUACUCCGUUCAGUUCAAAAUUGAUGAAGAAUAAUUAUGACGACGGGAAAGAUGGAUCUAUUAGUGGCACAACGGGCAUGGGUCUGAGGAGGAUUGUGAUGGAGAACACAUCCGGCGGUGAUGGCUUGGCAAGAGACCUGACACACGACUGA